GCCCCGGGCAGAGAGCGCGGAGAGGCUGAGGGGAGACGCUGACAAGGGCCGCAUGGAGGACCCCGUGGCGCCCGGGGCCGGAAGCUCGUCUGCCAAUAGCAACGGCAACGGCGGCGGCAAAGGGAAGCAGGCGGCACCCAAGGGCCGGGAAGCGUUCAGAAGCCAGCGGCGGGAGUCGGAGGGCUCUGUGGACUGUCCCACUCUGGAAUUUGAGUAUGGAGAUGCAGAUGGGCACGCAGCAGAGUUGUCAGAAUUGUAUAGCUACACUGAAAACCUGGAAUUCACCACUAACAGGAGGUGCUUUGAAGAAGAUUUCAAGACUCAAGUGCAGGGCAAGGAGUGGCUGGAAUUGGAGGAAGAUGCCCAGAAGGCCUAUGUGAUGGGACUCCUGGACCGACUGGAGGUGGUCAGUAGGGAACGGCGACUGAAGGUGGCCCGGGCUGUUCUGUACCUGGCCCAAGGCACUUUUGGGGAAUGUGAUUCAGAGGUCGAUGUACUACACUGGUCCAGGUACAACUGCUUCCUGCUCUAUCAGAUGGGGACCUUCUCGGCCUUCUUGGAGCUACUCCACAUGGAAAUCGACAACAGUCAGGCCUGUAGCAGUGCUCUUCGGAAACCAGCCAUCUCCAUUGCUGAUAGCACAGAGCUCAGGGUGCUGCUGAGUGUCAUGUACCUAUUGGUGGAAAAUAUUCGCCUGGAGCGAGAGACAGACUCCUGCCGUUGGAGGACAGCACGGGAGACCUUCCGCACUGAAUUGAGCUUCUCCAUGCAUAAUGAGGAACCUUUUGCCCUUCUGCUUUUCUCCAUGGUUACCAAGUUCUGCAGUGGCCUGGCUCCCCACUUCCCCAUAAAGAAGGUCCUGCUUUUGCUCUGGAAAGUGGUUAUGUUUACCCUCGGUGGAUUUGAGCAUCUACAGGUUCUCAAAGUACAGAAGCGGGCAGAACUGGGACUGCCACCAUUGGCGGAAGAUAGUAUCCAGGUGGUGAAGAGCAUGCGCGCCGCCUCCCCACCCUCUUACACCCUCGACCUGGGGGAGUCUCAGCUGGCACCACCACCCUCUAAGUUGCGAGGCCGCCGUGGUUCUCGAAGGCAACUCCUCACUAAGCAGGACAGCCUGGACAUCUACAAUGAAAGAGACCUCUUUAAGACAGAGGAACCAGCCACAGAGGAGGAAGAGGACUCUGCUGGUGAUGGAGAACGAACCUUGGAUGGAGAAUUAGACUUGCUAGAGCAAGACCCUCUUGUGCCACCUCCACCCUCACAGGCAUCCCUUUCUGCUGAGCGGGUGGCCUUUCCCAAGGGCCUACCCUGGGCCCCAAAGGUCAGACAGAAGGACAUUGAGCACUUCUUGGAGAUGAGCAGGAACAAAUUCAUCGGAUUCACCCUGGGGCAGGACACAGAUACCUUGGUUGGAUUACCCAGGCCCAUCCAUGAGAGUGUGAAGACUCUAAAGCAGCACAAGUACAUCUCCAUUGCAGAUGUUCAAAUCAAGAAUGAGGAGGAUCUGGAGAAGUGCCCCAUGUCUUUGGGGGAAGAGGUGGUACCAGAAACGCCAUGUGAAAUCCUCUACCAGGGCAUGCUCUACAGCCUCCCUCAGUACAUGAUUGCUCUACUUAAGAUUCUGCUGGCUGCAGCCCCCACCUCCAAAGCUAAGACAGACUCUAUCAAUAUCCUGGCAGAUGUCCUGCCUGAGGAGAUGCCCAUCACUGUUCUCCAGAGCAUGAAGUUGGGCAUCGAUGUGAACAGACACAAGGAGAUCAUUGUAAAGAGUAUCUCUGCCCUGCUGCUGCUCCUCCUCAAACACUUCAAACUGAACCAUAUCUACCAGUUUGAAUAUGUGUCACAACAUUUGGUAUUUGCCAACUGCAUUCCAUUGAUCCUGAAGUUCUUCAAUCAAAAUAUCUUGUCGUACAUCACUGCCAAAAACAGCAUUUCGGUCCUGGAUUACCCUUGCUGUACCAUUCAGGAUUUGCCGGAGCUUACUACAGAGAGUCUGGAAGCUGGAGACAACAAUCAAUUCUGUUGGAGGAACCUCUUUUCCUGUAUCAACCUUCUGAGGCUGCUCAACAAACUGACCAAAUGGAAGCAUUCCAGAACCAUGAUGCUGGUGGUAUUCAAAUCAGCUCCAAUCUUAAAGCGGGCCCUCAAGGUCAAACAGGCCAUGCUGCAACUUUAUGUUCUGAAGCUGCUAAAAAUACAGACCAAGUACCUGGGGCGCCAGUGGAGGAAAAGUAACAUGAAAACCAUGUCAGCCAUCUAUCAGAAAGUACGCCACCGCAUGAAUGAUGACUGGGCUUAUGGGAAUGACAUCGAUGCCAGGCCAUGGGACUUCCAAGCAGAAGAAUGCACCUUGAGGGCCAACAUUGAGGCUUUUAACAGCCGCCGGUAUGACAAACCCCAGGACUCUGAAUUUUCACCUGUGGAUAAUUGCUUGCAGAGUGUGCUGGGGCAGAGGUUGGAUCUGCCUGAGGAUUUCCACUAUUCAUAUGAGCUCUGGCUGGAGAGAGAGGUGUUUUCACAGCCCAUCUGUUGGGAGGAGCUGCUCCAGAGUCACUGAGCUCUUAGGAAAAAAACAUCUGAUAGAUGGGGUUUGGCUCCAAUAAAUGGUGCUCUGCCUACCCUGCCCA